GGAAGGAAUAUAAACAUAAAAGACAUAUAAAUAUAGAAAACAAUGAAAGCUGCAUAUAGGAAGGAAAACAUGUCAUCUACAUCAAAAAGUCAUAUCCCCAGACCACAGCUAUCAGGGAAGAAAAUGAAGGCCAGACCAGCACCAGACUUCAGCAAGUUACACAAGAAAUGGGAGGAACAACUACAGAAUGGAUUGAGUUGCAAGAAAAAACCAACAACAAUUGUAAAGCCAUUUGAUGUCACUAAACCAGGAACAAAGUUCACAGUUCAGAAUAAAGUCACUGUCCUGAAUGAUGCUGAUGACUUUGAAUUGGACUUUGAAGCAGACCAGAAAGCCUUAGACACCAUUCUCCACAACAAAGGUCUAAGUGAGAGAAAGGUUGCUGGCAGAACUACUUUGGAUGUGAUGUCCAUGAGUACUGGAAAGAUAAAGAAGAAGAGUUGUACCAAUCUAGGGAAAAGACGUAUCCUAGGGGAGUUACCAUGUGAUCCAGAUCAGCUGAGUGAUGACGAUAGAGUAGUUAGUGCUAAGAAGGCAUUAGAGUUUGAUGCAGAGAAGAAAAACAUCACAGACUUUGAAGAAGAUCCAGAUGCCUUGAUCAGUAUACUGAAUGAUGAAGGAAUCACAGUAGCAUCCUCUACAGAUGACAGACAGACAUUUGCUGGAUCAGUGAUUAGAUCGUCUUUACUGCAACAUCCUAUACCAGCAAGACAGUCUUGUAUGUCAGCCGUCACUAAGACAACGUAUUCCAAGACGGAUACUGAGGCACUGAUUCAGUCUGUCAGAGACAAGCAAAGAUCAGAUUGCAAACAACCAAACAGCAAGUCACCAUUCAAGACAAAUACUUCAGUGGUAACAGAUUCACCAUUCGGACAGAGAGUGAUGAGACCAGGAAGGAAUUCUAUUUAUGGAAAUUAUCAUAUAUAUCCUAUGUCCAGCCCUGCUGUUACUAGACAUAGAAAUCUGUUAUCACAACAUUCCUCCCCAAGUAAUGUGUCAGAUCAUGUUCAGAAAAAUUUGAAGAAGGAGCUUCAUAGGGAAAUGCACAAGUCUGUGAAGUGGUCAGAUGUUCUAGAAAGUUGUACAUAUUACAGUCCAUGUGCUGUUCCAAAGAUUAAAGAGAAAAAGACACUUUUCUCCACUAUAGAUGAAAUUGACAAUGACAUUGACAGUUGUAAGGAAAAUAUUGAACCCUCACAGCAGCACGAAAUUGACAAAAGUGAAAUCAACAAUAGCAGUGAUGUAACUUACACAUCUGAUGGACAGAAGAGAGAUGAUUCAUCGUUUGUCGCCACAGCCUCGCAGAAUUCUGCUACUGCUGUAGUAUGCUCCAUGACUCAUAGUAAACUAUUGGAGCCAAGACAACAACCUUUGCUAAACUAUAACACUACAGAUACAACACCAUGCAAAGUCCUGUCCAAUACCAGCAGUCAUCAAAAUGUCCAGGUUGGUACUUCUGGCAAGUCUACGUUAGCGGCCCGGAGAAUUCCUAUUACUGCUGCUAAGCAUGACUCGGAUAUUCCAAACUGUGUUAGUGUUACAGCAUCAGAGAAAUAUAGGACAUUUUGCAAAAAUAUCGAAAAGCCGUUUCAUCAGUCAGGAAUUUCAUCAUUACCCAAACAGGGAGGAACAGAAGAUGGCACUACAUUUAACCUUUCACUACCGCAUUCUAACCUCAGAAGUGUAAAGGUGCCAUUUGAUGAUGCCGUAAACCACAAUUGUGAUGACUUAGAAUUACAGGUAAAAAGUGAAACUCUUUUGUCAAAGGAAGCUUAUCCACAAGAAAUGGCGAUGCACACAGAGGAAAAGGAGGAAAGUGACGAUUCAGAUAAUGUAGGAAGGGACCCUCAUUCUCAGACUGGACCACAAAAUGCAAGAUCUGACAAUGAAAGUGUUGAUAAUUUUGUUGGUCGUGUGAAAAAGAGUCGUAAACGUCAAAGUAUUGUGGAGUUAAAUGAAAGUAUUGUUGAAUCUCAGGUGCACAUGCAUAAACUACAAGCGGAAACAGAAAAACUGCAGGAUGUCAAAGAGGUCGAAGGUUCACAGACAAAUUUAAACAUUCUACAGCAACUACAACUUAUUGCUGAGCAACAGGAACAGUUACAGUUUCUUCAGAAACAGCUUCAGGAAGAACUACAACAACAACAGACUUCCACUUCAUUGUCACAUGACAGGACAUCAGCCAUUGAAAGCAAUAAUAACUUUGCCACUAAUAUGGACAUUGGUGUGACGAGGAGUAGUGAUAACUUUAGGGUGUCCUGUACACAGAAUAUUUUAAACAAUAAUGUGAUAUUAGUUAAAGAUAAUCAGACCAUUGUAUCUCAACCAUUGUCCAUCUUUGCAUCUUCAUCAGCAGCAUUUAGUCAGACAUUGUCACCAAGUAGAACAUGGAGUCCUUGUAAAGAUUUGACCUUGACUCCUAGCAAAAGACAGCCAAGGGUUGCUAUAGAUACACAAUUUGACAUUACACCUUAUGUAACAAAAACUAUUUCACAGAGGGAUGAAAAAUUAAUCAAACACCCAACUCCUGUGAAAACAGAAUUUAGUUAUGUUAAUGUAUCCUCUACUUCUUCUGUGCCACCAUUAUGGACACCCUUAGCUUUGAGUGAAGCUUCACAAGACCAACAGAACAUAAACUUGACCCCUAAAAUCUGUGAUAAUGACAUAAAAACAUGCACUUCUCAGGUAGCCGCAAUUGACCUCUCAGUAAAACGGCCAAAGGAAGAUGAUCAUUCUGCAGCAUUUUCACCAUCUAUUUCCGCAGGUGCUGGACCAGUCUCUCCACAGCCAAAACCUACACCUAUAUCAGCAUUCACAAGGGUCUGUAGUCCUAAUUUAAAUGAUAAUCAAAACGUGGGCUCACUGUCUCUCAGAGCGAAUACACUCAUGUCACCUGUGGAUUUAUCAUCUAGAAAGAAAAGGUUGUCUAUGAGGAGAAAUAUCAUUGCUGUUUCAAGUGAGAGAUACCAAGAAGCCUUGCUUGAUGAUGAAUGUGCCCUGUAUUCCUGUAGACUACAGACCCCUGGUUUUACAGGACGUAGUUAUGUUAAUCCAGUAGCGACAGUGUUACAAGAGGGUGAUGAAAUGCAUUUUAUACCUAUCCGAGAAGACAGUCCUGUUCGUCAUUACAUACGGGAAGGUUCAGCAUUCAGUUGUUAUUCCCCUUAGAGAUGAGAUGUGGACCAACACUGAACUAAUACAGUUAGUGGUAAACUGAAUCAAAAGACAUGUACCCUUCAUUUAUAAUGUAUUUGGUUGUUAUUUAUAUAAUUUUCCACAAUGAGUUUGAGUUUUUAAUGAUUUUGUGUACUGGCCAUCUGUUAACAAGUGGUCAACUUGUAAAGAUAAAUGGUGUUGAGGAAUAUUUAAGAACCACAUAACAAAUGUGAAUAUAUCUUGUAGAUAUUUAAAGAUUAUGAGUGAAGUUAAAGGGUUUACUGGAUGUAUGUCCUUUCUAACCUACACAACAAAUUUAGCUUUAUCAAAUAUUUCAUUUCCAUUUUAGAGUUGUUCAGUUCUAUUCAAUUCUUGAUAAGACAAAAUGUCAUAUUUUUCUUACCUGCCUACCUGGUAUUCAAAAAUUGGAUAGGAAAAGGACAAGCCAAUUGGAUUUAAAUUUUGGUCUAACUAACACUUAUGAGUUUUUUAGCCUGCCAGAAUAUCAGUCUGAAAAAAUAUUGAUAAUAUUGAGUUAUUUUAUGGAAUUACAUUGUACUUUUUUCAUCAUUUAAUCUUCAUAAUGUAAAAAUUCCUAUCAUUUUAUAAUAGCAGCAUCUUAUCCAUAUAUGCAAGUAUAUAAUUAGCACUUAUAUUAAAAGUUUAAAGGUCAGUGUGGAUUCUUCUCAUCAGGAUGACUGUGUACAAUGUCAAAACAAAAUGUUUAUGUAUGUUUAUUGUGGAAUAAUUUAACUAUUCCUAUAAAACAUAUUUCAUAUGUAUGUAUUGCUUAAAUUUUUCAAAUCAUCAACCAUUCAUUUUGAUUGUACCAUUUGUGGUAACAUCUGUUUAAAUAUAUUUAUAUAUACCAAGGCAUUUGUGGAAUUUUUUUAUGGGUAGAUUGAGUCUGGAUUGACUGUGCAGUGUUUUUGGUGACAUUAUUUCCACAUUGCAUGGUAUAUACCACCAAAGCAAUACAUAUUACCAAGAUGUGGCGAACAUCAAAAAUAAUACAUGUAAUUCAUUUAAAAUGUGUAGUAGCCUGAUUUUGAAAUGAGUUAUCUCCCAUUGACCAUGUAUACAUUAAUAUGUAUAUAUAUAUGUAAAUAUUUGUGCAUGAAAGAUAUUCUAUAAUUUUAUUUAAAUUGAAAUAUUUCUUUUUCUUGAUCAGUCGGUGACUAUGUGUGUUUUGUUCUCAGAUUAAUGUAUCACAAAUUUAUUUUUUUAUUUUUCAAAAAUUGAAAUUCCAAAGGGUUGUUAUGAUUUGAUGAUAAACUGAAAAGGUAUUUAUUUUCCUCUGUUGUGUACAUGUGUAUGUGUUAGUUAUGUGUAUAUAGAAUUUAUAUCUAGUUUUUUCAUUUUGUUUUUUAUUGACCCAUGUAAAACUUUCCCAACUGUGUUUAAUAAUUUGAUUUUUUUUAUCUGGUGCUAAAUUUUAGUUAUAUUGUGUGUGGACGAUAUAUGAUUACUGAACCUUUCAGAAGAAGUAGAUUUCUGAUUCCUUGUCAUUGAGGAAGUAAUUAGUAGGAAUUUUCUCCAUCAACCUUCUUUCUUAGAGGAAAUGUGGUCCUUUGAAAUAUUUUGACCUUUUGAGCCUUUUAUUGAUGAAAAAUGAAAAAAGUAUACAAAUUUUUCAUAGUUAUGGUAUAAUGUUUUGUGUCCAAAUUUUAUCAUAAAAACAAGGCUGACUUAACAAAUAGAGCCAUUGGUUAUAUAUUUUCAAAGCAUGUCUAGUUAGAACUUUGGUGAGAAAAAUAUUAUUCUUGAAACGUUUUGAAAGAAAUUUGCUCGCUGUAAAUUUGAGGAGAAAUAAUGUUUCACUUACUUCACAGAAAUAUUUACUUGAAUGCCCUCAAAUUGGGACAGCAAAAUGGUUCAUUGUCACUAAACAAAGUAAAUAAUGUAGAAUUUGGGUUCAUCCUCAUCAUUAUUUUCGAUAAUUUUCAAUUCUGUCUUAGUCAGAUAAUUUGGUAUUAUAUCUAUUUAAAAAAGACAGUAGGGAAUUUUUGGCUGUAAUGGUUUUUCUCAAGAUUCUGGUGUAUCACUUGCAACACAUGUAGCUAUUUAUAUUUUCAUUAGCUGGUCACCUGUUUUCAUUGUUAAGACAGUCAAAUGGCAAUUACUUGUGGUCUUAAAAUUUGUACCAGUUUUGUCCACAUGGUCAUAUUUAAAUAAACAAAAGCCACUGGAUGUUAAGCAAGCAACAAUCAGUUAAAUAUAGAAAACAAGCUUGGUGUAGCAACUAAAUCCACAAGAUAUGCUUGUGUUGUAAGAUAGCACUAUCAAAUUUAAGUGGCAAUCAUAAGAGAGAUACCAACAUUACAAAAUUGUUUUGAUAGGAAAAUCAUAUUUACAGAUCAAAUGCCUUAUUCAAACUGUUUAAAGAUAGUUGUGUUUUAGCCAAAAUGUAUAUUCACUCAUUUUAAUAUUGUGUGAAAGGGUAUAGAAUAACUGUGAUACUGUUAAUAUUCAUGACCAAACUGUAUUCACAGUUAUUUCCCUUGUUUUUGUUACUUCCCUUUGUAGUUGCAAGGUAUAUUUUAGGGUUUAUCUAUAAAAUGUUCACAACCUGUCUUAACAAAGCACUUGUGAAAUUUUUGUUUUUUCUGGGGUAGGAAAGCACCAUAAAUCCAUAUAUUUUUUGUCUCCUUGAAUUCAAAAAUAGAAAAUAUAUUUUUUGGUACAAUGUCAAAAUCCAAAAACAAAGAUGGGUACAUUUAUAACAGGACAAAAAAAAAGAAUUUAUAUACCUUGCAAUUGGAUAGGGGUAAACAUUGAUACUUGUAAAUAUUUGUACUAUUGUUAUUCAGGGUCUUGGUUGCAGUACAUUAAGUGUACUAUAGAUAACCACUCAGAAAUGUUGUUUAUUCAUAUGAAGCAAUAUUUUUUUUUUAUUAGCUUUUUCCUAAUAAUAGAUAUGGGAAGGAACAUUAACAUCUGCAGAUUUAAAAUAAAGCUGCAAGUGGCAAAUAAACUUUAUUAUCUCAUCAGACUGUUAGCCAAGCAGAUGCAAAUUUUGUUAAGAUAGAGCUGCCAGCCCUUUAACAAUAAAAUCAGAAUAAUUGCACUAAGCAUUAGUUUAGCAUGUUCACCAUCAAUAUUCUCUGUGUGUGAGUCAUCAGGUAUUGAUCAGAGUGACAUAAGAGCUAAUACUAGGAUAAAACUGUUACAAGGCCAGUCAAAGUCAGUUCCUUGUUUCAGUUAAGCAUCUUCUUCAAUUUUCAGCUCACUUUCCAAAGCAUCUACUAAGCUUGCAUCCAUCACUUUGUGUCUAUCGUCUGUUAUUUCAAUUUGGUCUAAAAACUUUUUUGUAUAUGAUUAUUUACUCCCCUCAUGACAAGUCUAUACUAAUGUAUGUCUAAUGACUUGGUCAAAGUUGGGGUUUUUGGUGUCAAUGAAAAAUCAAAGAUGGCCAUAAGGGUAAGAAACUGCAUUAGAAAUCCAGGAAAUUAUCUUUUAAGUACAAUUUUACAGUUGAUUAAAUUUCUUAAUUAACUCAUGUUUCCUUUAAAAAUUGAAAACAGUGAUGGCAGCUAGUGCGGGUCAUACUUUAAACAAACACUGGAAAAAUAUUUGCAAAACAUUAAUCAUAGGGUAUCAGUUAAAAAAAGUAGGUUAUAAAAAUUAAUCAUUUUAGAGAAUUAGAAUUUUUUUUUAAAGAUUUACAUUAAGGUGAAGGUUAUUUUGAGCCAGAGUUUGUCAUGUCAUACUAUAUAUUCUUUUUGCUUAUUGUGUAGAUGAUUGACCAUUAGGUAUAAAUCAUUACUGCAUGUAAUUGAAAUUCAUUGAUACCUUUGAAAUCAAUCUGCCAUAAUAGAAUUUACUUUGAGUAGAUGCCCCAUCCCCUGCAUAGUCCAAAUACUUUGAUUUCUACUAUAUCACUAAUAUUUCAUGUUCUAUUAUUGUUUAUACUUAUAAGGACAGUUUUUCCUUCUACAAGAUAUUUCCAAAUUACAAAGAAAUUCAGAAAUUACAUUGAGUGUAAAAGGCUUUCAAGCCAAUCAAUGUAAUAACUAGAAGAUAAAGGGCAAUGAGAUUUGGUGAAAAUAACAAACUCAGACUUUUAUAUGGUUUCCAUUAGCUGACAGUGCAUUCUAGGAAGUGUUAGAGCAUCAGUGCACACCUUUAACAAACUACUACUAUAGUUUGACAAUAGAUUAGCCAUUUAUCCAUCAAUUACAUAGCAAAAGAAUUAUGUAAGAUUUUUGUAAAGUUCAUAUUUGUGUUAAAUUAAUUACCUAAUCAACUUUCAGGAAAGUUUUGUUUUAUUUUUUUCCACAAAUUAGUCCUUUAUAAAACUGUAUUAUUUUUAUUUCAUUCAAGAAAGUUGUCUUCACUAUAUAUUGUUACAAUUUGUUUCAUUUUUAUGCUUUAAUCAUGUGUUGUAACAAUGUUUUAUUUCUCAGUUUUCCAAUGAUCUCAGACCAUUUAUGUAGUAUAAUGGUUACUUUGACAACAUCUCCCUACAUUCCAACAAUAAAACUCUUUUUUUUUAAGGAAUGCCACAAAGAGGUACAAGUUCAAAAUAGCUAUCAAAAUAAUAUUUAAUUAAAAAAAAAACUCUUUUUACACAUUUCUGAACAUCAGAAAUGCAACAUCUAGAUGACUAUUUCGUAAGUCUUUAGACUUUUUGGACAACAGAAUAUUAGAAUUUCUUCAAAUCAAAUUAUUAUAGUUCUGUAUUGUAAGAUAUAUUGUCUUCAAUUUUGUGUAUCACACCUAAUUUUGGUGGUGUCUUAAGAAAUCCCAUGGUUUCAAUUUAAAAAAACUUUUUUUUUUCUUCUGUCUCUUCUAUCAUUCCUUAUAUAGAGAAAUUAAAGAAAAAUGCCAAAAUUUCUACAUAUAAUUUGUAGUCCAGCUCUAGCUGAAACAAUUGAGGACAUUAUAUUAAAUAAAUUUAGAUGAUGAAUGAUAAAAAAAUUCUUUCUCUUCUGUUUCUUCUUCAAUCCAUCUUGUUUUUUCUUGAAAUCUUUCUUCUUUCUUUCUGAUCUUUACCACUUUCUUUCUUAACCCCUCACAUUUAGUUAUGAAUGUCUUUAAAUCAAAACCAAAGCAUUUCUUUAACAACAGACUUGAAAUUCAUUUUUAUACGACCGCAAACAUUUUUUGGGAUCGUAUAAUGGUAUGAUGUCAUCGUCGUCGUCCGAAGACACAUUGGUUUCCGGACAAUAACUUUAGUUUAAGUGAAUGGAUCUCUAUGAAAUUUUUUAAGAAGGUUCAAUACCACAAAAGAAAGGUUGGAAUUGAUUUUGGGGAUGAUGGUCGCAACCGUUUAGGAAUUGGGGGCCCAAAAGGGGCCCAAAACAAGCAUUUUUCUAGUUUCAGGAUAAUAAUUUGUGUAUAAGUAUUUCGAUUGCUCUGAAAUUGUACGACAAUGUUAUAUACCACAAGUAGAAGGUUGGGAUUUAUUUUAGGUGUUAUGGGGCCAACAGUUUAGGAAUUAAGGUCCAAAAACAAGCAUGUUUCUAGUUUCCAGACAAUAACUUGUGUUUAAGUGUAUAGAUCUCUCUGAAAUUGUACUACAAGGUUCCAAACUACGAAGGAAAGGCUGAGUUCAAGUUUUGGGGUUAUUGCUCCAAGGGGGGUUUCAAAAAGUU